CGCGCUACUUAAGGUCCAGCUGCGUGAGCCAUUGACGUGUUUGGAGCUGGAGACGGCCUGGGCGCUGGCGAAGCGGUAGCCCGAGUAAGAAAACUGUUAGGAUGCCCAUGGUAGCACGAAGGCUGAGAGAUCCUGACAUAAACCCUUGCUUGUUGGAAUCUGAUGCUUCUACCAGGUGUAUGGAUGAAAAUAACUACGACAGGGAACGGUGUUCCACUUACUUCUUGAAGUACAAAAACUGCCGGAAAUUCUGGAAUUCUAUCGUGGUCCAGAGAAGACAGAAUGGAGUGAAGCCCUCUAUGCCUACAGCAGCAGAAAGAGACGAGAUCCUGGGGGCAAUGGGAAAAAUGCCUUACUGACUGUUUGCAUUAAAGUUGUUUAUUUAAUUUAGAAGCAGUUAACGAAGAUUACUGUAAUCUUGUAGUCCCUUAACCCCUUUCAGGCCUUACCCAGACCGAUCUUGAAUUCCACAAGGGGAGAUAAAGUUAAGUUAGCCUUG